CGGCUGCGAGGCUGUCGGUUGUUUCUGCACACCAGUUACUGCUUAAAGAGUGCACAUUCGAAUGCUUUCUCGAAAGACGUUAUAACUGGCAUUUUGAGGAUGAGUUUGGUCAGUGUGAAUGAUGAGAAUUGUGGGGUCAUCCCAGGAGGAAAACACAACAGUUUAAGUCAAGAUAUUUUUGACCUGGAUCAGCCAACUGGGAGGCCGUCCAUCCUACGUCAGACGGAGAAUCUUCCCAGCAAGACUGUACAGAAGGCAAUCAAGGUUUGUUUUCAGACUCCAAGAAGAGACCCUUUGACUAAAAGGAUUCUGUCUCCCAGCAAGUCCGUCAAGAUGUUGAGUGUGGAUGAGUGUGCUAAAGCGAUGGAGUCCUUAAAUUUGGAUAAAUCAAGUACUUCGCCACGGGGGCUCCCUGAACAGUCCAAACAAGAGCCAUCAUCUUAUCCUGAUGACGAUAUGCCAAUACAAAGCAAAGGUGGUUACCAGUUGGAUUUUGACAACCUUGAUGCCAUCAAUCCAUUUCAGGGGUCUAACAAAAUGGACCUUAGUCCUGCAAAGCCUGCUGUUAAUCAGCCUCCUACAGAUAAUGAGUCUCAACGCACACCACCGAGGAGUAUCCUGGAGGAGCCGACACUAGAUGACACACUUCCAUUCAACCCAUCUGUAGAGAACUCUCUGGCUGACAUGUCGGCCAACAUCAGCUCCACAAACAGCAGUGUGGUCACGGUGAUGAACGUCCCAGCACUCGGACAAGAUUCACUCACAGCUACACCUGAUGAACAACGGGCUCCUAAUAUGUCUGUAAAUGCAGAUCAAUGCAAAGCAUCUGGCAGCUUUGUAGAGGAUGCUCCCCUUCCAGUUCAGGGCUCUUAUAAUUUUGAUUUUGACAACCUUGAUGAAAUCAAUCCGUUCCAGAUUGGGGGCUCUAAAAUUCCAAAUUCACCUGUUGGGAAACUGGUAUCAAACAGUGAUCCAGAAAAAAAUAAGCCUGCACAUUUUGUUGAUGCUCCUGAAGUGAUCCAGGAGCUGCCAGUCCAGCUUGAAGUGAAGCCCGUUGCUGUUGUGGCCCCAAAUUCUGCUAAUGCACCCGAUCCUCCAGCAGCUACACCCGAUCCUCCAGCAGCUACACCCGAUCCUCCAGCAGCUACACCCGAUCCUCCAGCAGCUACACCCGAUCCUCCAGCAGCUACACCCGAUCCUCCGGCAGCUAAAGCCGAUCCUCCAGCAGUUACACCCGAUCCUCCAGCAGCUACAGCUACACCCGAUCCUCCGGCAGCUACACCCGAGCCAGCUGACGCGCUGGUCAAAGGAGGACCAGUCAAACUCGAGUUCAAUUUUGGUGAUGACAAUGAGGUCAAACGAAAACCACCACCCAAGAAAUUUGGCAAAAGGCCACCUGGUGUAAAACCUAAAGAGCGAAAGCCUGCAUCGGAGGUGAAAUCAUCAAAAGAAGCUCCUGCAAAGCCUGAUGAUGCCGGUGAUUUAAAUGAUGCCCCAGCUCCCAAAGGUUACUCCUUUGACUUUGAAAAAUUUGAUGAUCCAAACUUUAAUCCCUUUGGUACCAAAAUGGCCAUGAACAAUUCUCCAAAGAGCACCCAAAAACCCACCCCUGUGACAGAGGCCCAUCUGGAACAAACUUGCACUCCAGAGGAGAAGAAAUCUGCAUCGCCAGAGAGUGCUGGAGAGAAUUUACCAGCUGCUGGAUCAAACAUUGAAGUGAUUGCUGAUAAAGGACCUGCCUCUGACCACAAAGGUGGACUUCACCAUGAAAAGGAACCGCUUCUGCAGAAUCAUUUUGAGUUGUCCCAGGCUGGUACUUCGGACUUCAAAGAUGAAUUUGUUCCUGGAUCUAUGUUCAUGGCCAAUGACUUUGAUGGGCAGAUGGACUACCUUGAACAGUUUGGGUGCACCAGUUUUGCAGAGUCUGCAUUGAGGAAGCAAUCCUUGUAUUUAAAAUUUGAUCCCCUCCUGAGAGAGAGCCCAAAGAAGUCUGCAGGUCCAGCUGCUCUGAUGCAUGUCACUGCUCCUGCUGCCUUUGCCUCACGCCUUGAAACUUGUCAAACAGGUGAAAAAGAGAAAAUGGUCCAACAAAGGGAUGAUCUCCAACUGCUGGGGGAUACUGCAGCACCGACUCCAAUCCUUGAAAGCUUCGUCCCUCCUUUCCCUCAGUCUGGAAAUGCAGAGGAGGCGAUUAUUGAAGUUCUCAAGUACAGUCAGAAAGACAUGGAUGCUGCCAUUACCAGAGUGCGGGCAGAGGCAAAGCUUGAAGAUGAACAGUGGAGUGCCAAAUAUAAAAAGAAGCUCGAAGAUGGUCAAGAAAUGAGGAAAAUAAUAGCUGAAUUUGAGCUUAUGAUUGCCAAGAUGAUGAGUGAUCAAGAAAAGGAGAGGGAAGAUGCUCAGUCAAAACUAGAUGCAGCGUUGCUGGAGAAGGAGCAGGUGUCCAGUGACCUCAACGCCAUGGAAAGAUCUUUUUCCGAGCUCUUUAAAAGACUGGAGAAGUACAAAGAUGUUAUAGAGGGUUACAAAAAGAAUGAAGAGACUCUGAAGUCUUGUGCACAGGACUACCUGGCAAGGAUCAAAAAGGAGGAACAGCGUUACCAGACCCUUAAAGCUCACGCUGAGGAGAAAAUUGGGCAGGCAAAUGGAGAAAUUGCUGAGGUGCGAUCUAAAUACAAAGCCGAGGUGUCGGGACUUCAAGCGCAGUUGCGCAGGGAGCAACUAAAAGUUCAGUCCCUGGAGAAGAGCCUGGACCAGAAGGAAAGGGAAGCAGAAGAGCUUACUAAGCUCUGUGAUGAACUUAUAUCGAAAGUUCAGAAGGGAUGAGCUCAUUUGUAUAUUCUGUAAAUCUUCCUUUUUUUUUCGUUGUACUUUUUAAAUGGUGAUGUCGAGACUAUCCUGUUGUUUGUCCUUUUCAAUGUUGUAAUACUGUAAAAAGUUACCAAUAAAGUAGUUGUAACCAU